AUGCACUUGGGUCUUCUCAUUUCCUUUGGGCUUUGGAUUGUUACAACCCUUCGCGGCCGCAAAAAAUAUCCCCUUCCUCUUCCUCCUGGUCCGAAACAGAGGCCCAUAAUUGGAAAUCUGAAGGACCUUCCGACGCCAGAUCAACAAGAUUGGAUGCACUGGCUGAAACAUAAGGAGUUAUAUGGUAAAAGAGAAUUCCUGCGUAAUAUGUAA